UGCGGGGUGGUCGGGCCGCGCUCCGCCCCGGGGCGGAGCAGCUGCGGGAGGCGACGCCACCGACCUGCCAGUCGGCGCGGGGCUGCUCGGCGCGGCGGCGGGUUCGCGGAGCAGGGAAGAAGCAUGGUCAAGAUGAAUUGCAUCCUGUUAACUGUCUGCAUUGUUCUGGUUGCUUUCUGUAGUUCUGGUUUUACUCUAAGAUGCUACCACUGUGAGAACAGUCCUACCUUGUGCAAGACCAAUAGUACUUGCUUAUCUACUGAAGAUACUUGCCUGCAGAUGAAAUUUGGUAAAUUGAGAACUUUCUCCUGCUGGAAGACAUCCCAGUGCAAUGUGAAUGAUAUUGCUGUAUUCUUUCAGUUGGAUAAUUUCGAUUACUUUUGCUGCCAACGAGACUUGUGCAACAAGAGCCCAAUUACUGGGGUUAACAAAGCAGCUUUCAGUAUUGCCUCUGUAAUUACUGUGAUAUGGAUGCUUCUCUAACAACCCUGAUUUGUAUACUGCACUUUCAAGCUGAAGUUAUACACAUUUUCACAUUUUUAGUUCCUAACUGUAGACUGGAAUACUACCUUGUAAUGUUAAAUUCUGUUUCUUAGGGUUCUUUCUGUUAAAUUACUGUAUACAUUCAUCUGGAAGAGAUGUAUAUUGUUAUCAGAUGCAGGGAAUUCAGGUGUUUUGGCAUGCCAUAUGCAUGGGGAAAAUAAUGUUGUUCUGAAAUAGUGUUACCUUGUGGAGAAGCCGGGCAGACUUGGGUGGCAGAUGCAGUGAGAAGGGAAAAAUUGUAAUUAUUUUUGGUUGAGAUUUCUGGGUUUUUUGUUUGUUUGUUUUUUGGAUGCUACCUUGUUGCACACUGGACAAUAAGUAGUGUUGGCCUGAAGUAUAAACUUGUUGCACUGUUCAUGGCAAGUGCUGAAAUAUUUAGUUUGAACUUAGGUAAACUCUUUGUUCCUAACAGAGUAUCACUUUUUUUCCCCCCUUUUUACAAAUGAAUAAUGGAACCUUGUAAGUACUGUUAUUUUUGGAGAAAGCAUCUGAAGUUCUUAAACCAAAAGCUAAGUAACGCUAUAAGCAAGGAACACUUUUCCUCUUUUUAUAUUUUUGUGAGCAUGUAGACAACACUGAACUAGCUUCUUUUGUAAACUUCUGUUUUCAGUUCUGCUUGUAUUUCCUCCUGUAUUGAGGAUUUAAGCUAAGCAUGUGCUUUGCACUGAAUAUUUCUUGGUAUAACUGAAAAUGUUUAUAAAAUGCUAAGGAAUUUAAAUGGCACAUCUAGUUUAUUUUCCCAUGUGGAUAGCUCUUGGUUUUGUUGAAAACAAAACAGAUAAAGCUUCUACAUAAGUAUAUUAAACAAAAAGUUGCAGAACUUUAUAUUUUGACUUUUAUGCAACUCUAAGUGCCAACACAAUAUGUAUACACACACACACAUAUAUAUAUAUAUAGCAUGAAGAAAAAUGCUCAGUUUGUAUAUGUAAGAGUUUUAGAGCUCAAAUAUUCUGUACAUUGUUCUGACCCAUAGUGAUGGAGAGAGACCUUUGAUACUUCAGUACUUAGGGACCCUCUCAGUCAGGGCUAAUGACAAAUCCUCCUUUUCUAUCUUGGAGCUCUUGGCAUGAAGUACCUGCUUGUCUCUGCAGGAGCAGUGGUGCGUUGCCAAUGGCAUUUUCCCUGUCUGAGCAGCUUUGCUUGUGCUAUCCUGGCUUCCGUGACACCAGUUCACUCAGUCAUGACAAGGGCGGGGGGUAUAGGGCUGUGUUACUUCAAAUCCAUUCUGUAAUAUCUCUUAGUUAAGCUUAUUUUCGCUACAGAAACAUCCUGGGAUCUGUCUAAUCACUCCAAAUGAAAGUUGUGAUGUCUUUGAUUAAUAAAAAUAUGAAAAAGAAA